AUGUCGAACUCGUUCGCGACGUCAAACGCCUUCAGGGGAGUGUUCUCAUCUCUCUCGACACGGCAAUGUCAACGAUGUUUCUCUAGCAGCGCUCUUCAGCCUAAGCAGCUCCGGCCAACCCUCCCACGAGCACCGAUCCAGUCGAGACAGCCCAUUACUCAGCGCCGAACGAAGUACAAGACGAUCGAGCAGGCCAAGAGCCGAUACAGCAAUGGGCCAUUUUCUUGGAAGGCCGGAUUUCUGUUCGUCGGUACUUGCGGCCUGUUGGUGUGGUACUUUGAAUUCGAGAAGGAGCGCAUGCAGCGCAAAAGGAUAGCCGAAGCUGCCAAGGGUGUGGGACGACCAAAGGUUGGAGGAACCUUUGAGUUGGUAGAUCAGGAUGGCAAGCCUUUUACAAGCGAGAUGAUGAAGGGCAAACACUCUCUGGUCUACUUUGGCUUCACUCGAUGCCCGGAUAUCUGCCCCGAAGAGCUCGACAAGAUGGCAACUAUGCUGGAUAUUGUUGAACAGAAGGCUCCCGACGCACUUCUCCCCAUCUUUAUCACAUGCGACCCCGCCCGCGAUACCCCCAAGGCUCUCAAGGAAUACCUCAGCGAAUUUCACGACAAGUUUGUUGGCUUGACCGGUACAUACGACCAAAUCAAGGACCUCUGCAAGAAGUACCGUGUUUACUUUAGCACACCACAGAACGUCAAGCCCGGACAGGACUACCUGGUGGAUCACAGCAUCUACUUUUACCUCAUGGAUCCGGAUGGUGACUUUGUGGAGGCUUUGGGCAGACAACAUUCACCCCAGCAAGCAGCUGCCCUUAUUCUUGAUCACGUCAAGGACUGGAAUGACAAGAAAUGA